AUCCCCUGUGAGAUAAAGGGUCGGCCAAGAUGACGAUCAACCUGGGUGUGAAGGCUCUUCUCGGCUGGGUCAACAGCAUCAAGCUGUCCGACCGAGAAAUCGAGGUGGACGACCUACAAGAUGGCACCUUGUUUCUGAGAGUGAUCUACAUGCUGAAAAAGCAAUCGAACCCCUGUUUCAGUCAUUCCACUGAGGAGCGGUUCAAUCUCAUUGCAGACUUUGUGGAAAACGAUUGCAAAUUUAGUGCAACCAAAGGCUCAUCUAUCUCUCUGGGCAACAUAAGAGAUGGCAUCAACCUAACUGUAGAAAUUGCAAAGGUGCUGUUGCUGCUCGUAUAUUAUGACAUGAUGAAUGCUCGCUGCACUCUGAACAUGCUGGAGUGUGAUGUGGAGCGCGAGAUUGCAAACCUGACUGGUUCCUUUGUGAUGGAGAGCGAAGACUGUGUUUAUCUGAGCAAUAGGAUUGACGCCUAUUUAGCAAAGAGACAUUUGCCUGUCUCCCGUGAGAUAUUUGAUCAAUCAUCAACCACCUCUACCUCCAAUGUGUCGACAAUCUCCUCGCUGUCAGAUGAGGAUUCUCCCGUAUUCCACCGCAGGAAAAGAAUCACAUUCCAGGACAUGCACACUGUGGCUUCUUCCUCAGCGAGCAAGUCUCCGCUCCAGGACAUUAUGAACACACCUAAAUUUCAGAUGAGGGUGAUGCAGCGUCAGAUGAUAAAGGAGAGAGAUUACAGAGAUGGGUUGGAAAGGGAGCUGUCUGGCAAGCUGUCACUCAUUUCACAGAAAGAGUCUCAUGUUAAUCAGCUACAGUACCGUCUGGAUAAGUUGAAAGAAGAGCAAGACAAUCAGGAGGAUGCUACCAGGGAGCAGAUCAAUGAUCUCGAGACCAAGAACAACACGUUACAAAUGCGUCUUAAUGAGAUAUUGAUGAAAAACAAAGACCUGAAGAGUACGUCCUCUCUUAUGGAGCAUAAAGUGGACAGCCUGACAGACGAAAAUGGUGUCUUAUCUUCCCAGAUGAGAACAGUGUGUUCACAGCUGACCAUCUUCGAGGCCGAAGUGGGCCGGCUGACAGAAAGCCAAGCAUCAUCUCAGGAGGAGUGGCAGAGCCAAACGAGCCACCUGCAGACUGAGCUCAACCAAGCUACUGCUCAAAAGGAGCUUCUGACUGAACAAAUUCAGAUCCUCCAGGGAAAGAUUUCCUGUUUGGAGGAUGAAAUAAGCAAAGCCACUGAAGAAGAAGUAGGAGAGAAUAUGGGGCCUGUGAUGGAGAGAGAAAUGGUGGAGACUGAGAUCAACGACUUGAAGAAUGAGCUGGACAGCACAUAUAGCUCCCUGAAGCAGGCUGAGAUGGAGAUUCAGACCAAAUCGCAUCAGCUGGCAGACUACCAGCAGGAAAUCACUCAACAGAAAGAGCUCCUGCAGCAACAGAAAUCCCAAACGGAGGAAAUUAUUCAAGCCAAGGAUGAACUUUUGGACAAAUUGCAAAAGGAGAUAACUGAGCAGAGAGCAGCCCUUCACCUAGAGAUCCAGCAUCUCAAGCUUCAACUUGACCAGGUGGAGCAGCAGAAAACUGAGCAGACGACCAGACUGCAACAGCAUGUCGCUGCAUGUGAACGAGAAAUUGAAAGACUGAAAGAAAUGAAGAGGGAGAGAGAAGACCUUCUCCACCAGACUGAAGAAAAGGUGAAAGAUCUGGAGGCAAAGUUAUCCGCUGCCAGUUGUCUCUUGGCUGAUAAAGACCAACAAAUUAUCAGCCUCAAAGACAAAGUCGAUGUUCUCACAGAUGAAUCCAAAAUAAUCAAAGAAGAAAUUCAAGCCAAAGAGGAAAUGCUCGCCAAAAUAUUUCUGGAGAAGUCUAAUGAGCAAGAAAUUCUUCAUGAUAAAAUCCGUACCUUAACGACUCAAGUAGAAGACCUGAACUCAUCUCUCAAACAGGCUGAGCAAGAAAUUCAACUUAAGCAAGACCUACUGGCUAAAACCCAUCAAGACAAUAUCGAACAAAAGGAGAUGCUCCAACAGCAGGUAGCAACCUUCGAAGAGGAGGUUCAGAAAGUCAAUGCAGAAAUACAGGUCAGAAAUGAGCAACUUGUAACUUUGAGGAACGACAGCUCUUGUCAGUCUGGAUUGCUGGAGGGAGAGAUUAAAGGUCUUAAAAGCCAAGUAGAAAAUCUGAAUGACUCUCUCACAAAGUCUGCACAGCAGGUUCAGGAAAAGCUAUCUCUGCUGGACCAGCAGGAGCAGGAGAGUUCACAUCAGAAGGAGAUUCUGCAACAACAGCUGUCUGCUUCUGAAGAUCAGGUGAGGAUCAUGAGGGAGGAGAUCCAAGCUAAAGAGGAACAGAUGAACAUGUUGAAAAAUCAAAGUUCAGAGCAGUCGGAACUACUGCAACAAGAGACCGGAGAAUUAAAGAAACAAGUGGAGUCUCUAAGUUGUUCGCUGACAUCUGCUGAGGAGAAUUUGCAAUCCAAGGAGAAUCUGUUUGUCGAACAGCAACUGCAGAAUGCUCAGCACAUGGAGGCGCUGCAGGCACAGAUAGUAGCUUCUCAAGAUGAUGUGAAGAGGCUGAAUGUGGAGAUUCAUGCCAAGGAGGACCAGUUAGUUCAGCUGAAGUCUGAGACCUCAACACACUCUUACUUGCUACAGCAGGAGAUUGAAGGUCUGAAUAAGGAAAUAAAAAGCAUGAGCCAUUCUAUUGACAUCGCCAAAGACCAGGUUCAAGCCAAAGCUGAUUUGAAUACCAAGCAGGAGCAGGAGAGCACUCUGCAGAUUGAGUCUCUUAAAAAGCACAGUGCUGCCCUAGAGGUGGAAGUAAAUCGGCUGACGGAGGAAAUCCAAACAAAACAUGUUGAGGUAGAUGCGAUAAAGUUUGAGAGCUGUAAGGAGUCAGAAGUGCUACAAACUGAGAUCAAAGCUCUGAGGGAUCAGGUGGAACACUUGAGUGGAUCACUGAAGACUGCAACAGAACAGGUUCAGGAUAAAGAGAACCUGCUGGCUGAGAAAGAAUCUGAGAUUUCUCAGGGAAAUCAUAAAUAUCAAAAUCUGAUGGAAACCUCUGAAGAGCAGGUCAGAGGACUUAGAGAAGAGAUCCAGGCGAAAGAGGAAAAACUGCUCAUAUUGAGAAAAGAUGGCACCACACAUUCUGACAUGCUAGAGCAAGAGAUGACAUGUCUGAAAAACCAACUCGACAGUACGGUCGACUCGCUCACAAAGGCUGAAGAAAAGAUGCAGAUACAAGUGGUUCUGCUCGACAAGCAGGAACAUGAGAUUUCACAUCAGAAGGAGAUUCUGCAGCAACAACUGUCUGCUUCUGAAGAUCGGGUGAGGAGCAUGAGGGAGGAGAUCCAAGCUAAAGAGGAACAGAUGAACAUGCUGAGGACUGACGGCUCCGAGCAGUCAGAUUCGCUAAAUCAAGAGAUCCAAAUGUUGAAAGAACAGGUGGAGAGUCUAAGUUUUUCGCUGACAUCUGUUGAGGAGAAUUUGCAAUCCAAGGAGAAUCUGUUUGCCGAACAGCAACUGCAGAAAGAUCAACACAUGGAGGCGCUGCAGACACAGAUGGUAGCUUCUCAAGAUGAAGUGAAGAGGCUGAAUGUGGAGAUUCAUUCCAGGGAGGAGAAGCUGAACCAGCUGAAGUCUGAGACCUCAACACAGUCUGACUUGCUACAGCAGGAGAUUGAAGUAAAUCGGCUGAAGGAGAAUAUCCAAACUAAACAGGGUGAGGUUAAUGCUUUAAAUAUCGAGAGCUGCAAAGAGUCAGAAGUGCUACAAACUGAGAUCCAAACUCUGAGGGAUCAGGUGGAACAUUUGAGUGGAUCACUGAAGACUGCAACAGAACAGGUUCAGGAUAAAGAGAACCUGCUGGCUCAGAAGGAUUCAGAGAUUUCUCAGGGAAAAGAUAACUACCAAAAUCUGAUGGAAACCUCUGAAGAGCAGGUCAGAGGACUUCGAGAAGAGAUCCUGGCUAAAGAGGAAAAACUGCUCAUAUUGAGAAAAGAUGGCACCACACAUUCUGACAUGCUAGAGCAAGAGAUGACAUGUCUGAAAAACCAACUCGACAGUACGGUCGACUCGCUCACAAAGGCUGAAGAAAAGAUGCAGAUACAAGUGGUUCUGCUCGACAAGCAGGAACAUGAAAUUUCACAUCAGAGGGAGAUUCUGCAGCAACAACUGUCUGCUUCUGAAGAUCAGGUGAGGAGCAUGAGGGAGGAGAUCCAAGCUAAAGAGGAACAGAUGAACAUGCUGAGGACUGACGGCUACGAGCAGUCAGAUUCGCUAAAUCUAGAGAUUCAGAGUUUGAAGGAACAGUUGGAGGGUCUAAGUUCCUCACUUAGCAAAGUUGAGAAAGAUGUGCAGUCCAAGGAAGACCUAUUAGCUCAACGUGAAGAUGAGAUACAGAAGCUAAAAGAAUGUCGGAGUGAGAUGGAGAAUCUCCUCCUCAGGACUGAGCAAAGGAUCGAGAUCCUCCAGACAGAGUUGUCUGCUGUCAACGCACUUGUGGCUGAUAAAGACCAACUUCUCAGCAGCCUCAGAGAGGAGGUCGCUGUCCAAGCUAACCAGUUGCAAAAAGCAAGAGAGGAAGCUGAAGCCAAUGAGAGAAUUCUGGCUGAGAUCAGGGUGGAGAGCUCCAAACAAUCCGAUGUUCUUCAAUGUGACAUCCAGGGUCUGAAAGGAGAAGUGAAAAACAUUUCUUUCGAACUUUCCACCAAGGAGCAAAUGCUUCUCAAAACUCAACAGGAAUCCUCUCAGCAGAUCGACCUCCUCCAGCAGCAGCUCAUCUCUGUUAACUUGGAGCUGAACCAACACAAAGAUACGCAUUCUGCAAACCUCAGGCUGAGGGAGGGUGUGGAAGAGUUGCAAGUUGCAACCCUCAGGGAAAAGGAGGCUCUAGUUCAAGAAAGACAAGAGCUCUUGGCCAGGAUACACCAGGCAGAAAUUGAUCAGAAAGCUCUGGAGGAACAGCUCAAAGCCAUGGGCUUUGAGAAGGAGAGACUUGAUCAAGCCAAGCAGGCUACAGAGAAGGAGAACGCAACCUCCCGUAAACUGGAAUCUGUGCUGCAGCACGAGCUGGAAAUGCUGAAAAUGGAGAAAGAGAAGCUCCUGAAAGAUUCUGAAAAAGCUGAAGAAAUUGAGGUGCUAAAGAGAGGGCUGCAGGAACAGCUCUCAGCUAAAUCCGAGGCUGUAGAACACUACAAGGCACAGAUGGACAAAGCAGUGAAUCACUACAAUGGCAAGAAGCAGCUUCUGCAGGAGUGCCAACAGGUGGUGACUGAACUCAAGCACUCCUUAGGCAUUAAAGAGUGUGAAGUAAAGACAGUCACUAUGGAGAACAAGCUGCUUCAGCGGGAUUUGGGGAAAGCCCAAACCAACGAGAAAAACCUCCUCGACAUGGUGGCCAGUUUGAAAGCACAGUUGACCUUUGCUGACCACAACCUGCAGCUGCACAAUAAGGUUCAUGGUAAGAAAGGGGGUGCAACAGAGUUGUCUUACUUGGAUAUUCACGACGCACACUCAAGCAUCCAGACCAGGGUGAAGAGAACCGAGAGCUCUGAUAGCCUGGACCAGAGCUCUCUGGAGGACUCUCUGAACAACACAAGGAAACUUUCUGGACCUGAUGAAUCAAGCACACCAUUUGUUCGAAGCUCUGAGCGGUUGGCAGCCAAACGACGGGGUCUUCAGGCCGAGUCACUUGAAACACUCUACUUCACACCUAUAGCCAACAGACAGAUGAACAGGACCAGUACAGAGAACAGAAUUGAACCGGAUUCAACUCGCAAAAAUCCAAGUUCUUCAGUCAGAAGACGCAGGACCACGCAGGUUAUAAACCUAACCUUGACCAAGAAAACCCCAGGCGGCGGUGAAGGUGAUGAGACUUUCUACAGUCUGGCCUCAGCUCGCUCCCACCCAAACCUCUCCAGGGCUCCCGCUGCAAAACCUGUGUCUAUGGAGCUGUUUGGUACACCUGCCAGAAUGGCCGCUGCCACCAGCGACCAACUCAUCGGCCUUCCAGGGUACAGACGGAGUACAAUCCAUUCACAGACCUCUAGUACGUUUUGUGUGGGAUCAGAGAACGAGCCAGAGGGUGCUCCUGAUGACUGGCUUAGGAUUGCUGAGCUGCAGUCCAGGAACAGGACCUGUCUUCCUCAUCUGAAGAGCAGCUACCCUGUGGAGUCGGAGGCCCACCAAGGCAGCGUAUUCAUUUUCACAGACGAAGAGGUCCGUACAGGCGACCCGUCUGACACAAUCCGCCGGGCGUCCAUGAUGCCGGGUCAGCUGCAGGACUCUCUUGUCUCCCAUCGUCACUCCCUCAUGACGGGUCAGUCAGGUGCUGCAGCCAGUACUCGUUCUCACCGUCUGUCCUUGAUGCCCGGCCAGCUGCCGUCCAACUCCGUCAGCUCCUCUCACAUCAGGAGCCCGCAAGGAACAAAACGAUCAUCAUCUACAUUGUCUGUUCAUCAAAUUUCACCUGAGAAAAGGGUGAAGGCCAGCUGCUUCCCCCGUCCCCUCACUCCCAAGAACAAGAACGUGAUCAGUGGAUCUUCCAGCUCUCAGCUGCGAGCUGUCCUCAGUCCAGCUGAGCGAAGGCAGUCAAUGAUGUUCACUGUUGACAACACCCCUAAUAAGAGCAACAACUACCUGAAGAGAGGGUUGAACAAACUACGCACCUCCACCUCCAACCCUUCAGGAGCUUCUAACUCUGGAGUAGGACGAGCCGGCAGAGCCGGCAACUUUAAGUCACCACAGGUGACAAUUAAAGGACGGAAGAAGUCUCCACAAGCCACCAGCAAGAUAGGAAAGUCUCCUGGGCUGACUGCUAGUGCUCGCAAGCUGUUAAAUUUUAAGUUGAGGUUUAUACAAUGUGAACCAGGGUUAACUGAGCAACAAGUGACGGAGGGAGACUUACUGGAUUUUGUCGACAAGAUCGUUGAGAUCCUGGGCCAGGAUCAAGCCCUGAUGCACACAAUAAGUAAUCUAGAAACUAUCAGCAAGACAACCGAAGCAGAAGAUCUACGGAAUCUGUGCAAGAGAGCGUUCAUCCGUUUUCAUCUGAAGCAGCAGUUUAUCAGAAAACACCAGAUCAUCCGCGAGGGGGUCGUUCGAGCCGGACGGUGGAAUCCUCUGGAUACAAUCUAUGUUGAACCCCAGAUUUCCACACGUUGCCACGGAGGAGUGGAUCCCUCUCACGAGUUCCGACCACAUCCUGCCUCACCUCGACAGCUCCCCAGCCCCGACACCUUCGUGCAUGCGAACGAGUUGUUCCGACUCCAGAUUGAUGACAACAAACCGGUGAGGACGGUGCUGACCAGCGGGAUUCCAGGAAUUGGAAUGUCUGUAUCUGUGGGGAAGUUCGCUCUGGAUUGGGCAGAACAACGAGCCAAUAAGGAUCUGCAGUUUGUCAUCAAACUUUCCUUCAACACUUUCUGGCUUCUGCGAAAGAACCUCACCCCUUCCUCUCAGAAGAUGUCCAUCAUGGAAGUGAUAGAACAUUGUCACUCUGAGUGCAAAGACAUGACGUUCCUGGAGGAAGAGGACUGUCGGUUUCUCGUCAUAAUGGAUUCCUUUGACUGUUACCAAGCUCGUCUGGACUGGAAGCAUGCUCCAGUAAUUAAUGACAAUAACAUGAAAGCACAUCCCGACGUCCUGAUUGUAAAUAUCAUCCGAGGGACGCUGCUUCGUGGUGCCUGCAUCUGGAUCCUGGGGAGACGUGGGGCGGUCUCACGAAUCCCAUCUGACCUGAUAGACGUUGACACGGAAAUACAAGGCUUCAGUGAUGAGAUGAAAGAUGACUAUCUGACCAGACGCUUUAGCGAUGCCACGCUAGCCCGGAAUAUUGUUUCACAUCACAAGCGCCUGCCGACACUCAGCAUCCUCGCCCGCCAGCCGUUUGUCUGCUGGAUGGUGGCCACAGUGUUUGAGCGCUGCUACCGCUACCAGGGCUACGGCGUGCACCCCCCCAGGCUGACGCCGUUCUACGUCAACAUUUUGAUCGUCCAGACCAAUCGCAAGCUGCAGUUCUACUAUGGAAAGCGGGAACAUGAACUGAAAUGGUCCAGUGAAGACAAGAGCCUGCUGACAAAGAUGGGGCGCAUGGCCUUUAAGAUGAUGGAGAGGAACACCAGUGUGUUCUUCGAAGAGGACGUGAAGCAGAGCGGUCUGGAGCUGACGGAGGUGACGGUGUGGUCCGGCCUGUGCACCGAGCUUCCCUCUGCAGAGUCAGACGGGAGGAGGACGUUCUGCUUCUUACACGUCACCUUUCAGGAGUUCAUGGCCGCCUUGUACGUCUUCACAAAGUUCUAUGAGGAGUCAAAGAAUGUUCUGGACCCGGGGGUUUCGCACUUCCCCAAGAUCCACAUCAGGUCCCGGUCGCAUGCCAAAUCAGCAGCACAACUGGUCCAGAGUGCGUUGGGGCGAACAUUCAGCUCCGCUCUUGGCGACUAUGACAUGUUCCUGCGCUUCCUGUGUGGCCUACUCUCCCAGCAUUGCCACAAAAGUCUGCUAAGCGGCUUCCUGUUCCCUCACAACGCUCCGAUGGUGGGCGGACUGGACGAGGUGCAGCGGCUGCUGGAGCAGACGAUUGACCAUCACCCAGGAGACAGGAAGGAGAACUUAAAGGAGUGCCUUCGAGAGAUGAUCCAGGAAGAUGAGUGAUCAGAAAAUCUGUCUGACUUCAUAUCGAUAUGAUGGAUCGAGGAUAAGUUUCUCUCUUAUAACAGAAAUGGCGUGAAAAGUGUGAAUCUCAAAUCGCUGAAAACAUUCAACUGAACAUGAUUCUGUGUCUGAGUCUAUUCUGAAGAAAGUAGUGUGUGGACUUGAACUUGAACGACUUUGUUUCUCACUAAAUAACGACUUUACUCUCAUUAUAUGAGAUGAUACAUGGUUGUUAUACUCCGUUGUACUAAUGCCACUUCUAAAGCCCUAUGAAACAAAUUGUGAUUUGUGAAUAUGGGAUAUACAAAUCAAAUUGGAUUGAUUGAUUUGAUACACAACUCAAAACGAAAUGUUAAAUUAUACAUUCAUGUACGGCGCUUUUUAUGCUAUUCUUAUUUUCGCAUGUCUUACAAUGAGCACUAAUGAAAAUGUUUUCUCGCACAGAUUUUUAAGUCAUCCAGCUUUGUUUUUCUAUUUUCAUUUACGGCCUUUUCUCCUCGACUAAAUACACAGAGGUGACAAAAGAGCUGUCUUUUUAGAGAAAUGCUUACUUUUAACAGCUAGAACUACUAGAUGUGAUUAAAGUGCACAGGAAAGUGAACAUGUGCAGGUGAAGCCAUGUAAGGUGUUGUUUGGGAUGGCAUAACACUACUGCGUUGACUGUCAGAGGAAAUCUCGCUGCUUGGCCACAAGGGGGCGAGCUUGUACUUAAAGUUGUUGUAUCGGUCAGUGGCUUUUAUUCAUGUUCUUCAAAUUUACAAAUGGCAUCUGGAUUAAGAGUAGUGGUUUAGGAAAACGUGAACUUGGAUCAGCAAAGACCGUCCGAAGGAACAAACUAUUUUGAUGGCGAGCUUAACAAAUGGAAAUAACUGAACUGAAGCACCCGUCCACACAGUGGUUGGAUGAAAUGAACUUUCUUUAAAUAUUCUCUGUCGGAAUAAAGGUGAAAAUUCUAUUGAAUCUAAA